AUCACCAAAUGCCAUUUAUCUAGGUAAUACUGUUUUACUUUUUGUUUCUGCCUUAAUUUGGUCACAUGUAAACGUGCUUUGAACUAAUAAAGAUUUGCAAUUGGUGGAAAUUAAUGCAUGACUCUUCAGCAGAGUGCGGAAUGAAAGCAUGUGUCAUGAAAUUGCCAUUCUUUGAUCCUGUAUUUUCCAUCACUUGCGGACUGGUUCCGUGUAGAGUGUAGUCCAUUCUUAUUUUUUGUUUCAUAGAUUGGCCAAAAUGGGAAGGACUGGAUUCCGCUCUCUUCCACGAAGAGUCAAUGGAACUGGCUAAGAUCAAGGUCUGACGCUUUUUCCAUCUGUCAUCAGUCCCUUUUUGCUUUCUUUUACGACCACAUGAAACUUGAGAAGCCACCUAAAGCUAAAUCAUUUAGUGGAGUUGGGCAGUUCCCAAGUGUCCAACAAGAAGGCCUGGUUUAGGCUGCGAUGGCCACUGUCAUUCCUGGUGAUUUGUCAGAAGUAAGAGAUACCCAGAAAGUCCCUUCAGGGAAACGUAAGCGUGGUGAAACCAAACCAAGAAAAAACUUUCCUUGCCAACUGUGUGACAAGGCCUUUAACAGUGUUGAGAAAUUAAAGGUCCACUCCUACUCUCACACAGGAGAGAGGCCCUACAAGUGCAUACAACAAGACUGCACGAAAGCCUUUGUUUCUAAGUACAAAUUACAAAGGCACAUGGCCACGCACUCUCCCGAGAAAACCCACAAGUGUAAUUACUGUGAGAAAAUGUUUCACCGGAAGGACCACCUGAAGAAUCACCUGCACACACACGACCCCAACAAAGAGACGUUCACGUGCGAAGAGUGCGGCAAGAACUACAACACCAAGCUCGGGUUCAAGCGGCACCUGGCCUUGCACGCGGCCACGAGCGGCGACCUCACCUGCAAGGUCUGCCUGCAGACGUUCGAGAGCACGGGCGUGCUGCUGGAGCACCUGAAGUCCCACGCGGGCAAGUCGUCGGGGGGCGUGAAGGAGAAGAAACACCAGUGCGAGCACUGCGACCGCCGUUUCUACACGCGCAAGGACGUGCGCAGACACAUGGUGGUGCACACGGGAAGGAAGGACUUCCUCUGCCAGUACUGUGCACAGAGGUUCGGGCGCAAGGACCACCUGACGCGGCACAUGAAGAAGAGCCACAACCAGGAGCUCCGGAAGGUCAAGACGGAGCCCGUGGACUUCCUGGAUCCCUUUACCUGCAACGUCUCCGUGCCCAUCAAGGACGAGCUCCUCCCGGUGAUGUCCCUGCCUUCCAGCGAACUGUUGUCGAAGCCGUUCACAAACACGCUGCAGCUGAACCUGUACAACACUCCGUUCCAGUCCAUGCAGAGCUCGGGAUCUGCCCACCAGAUGAUCACCACCCUGCCUUUGGGCAUGACGUGCCCAAUAGACAUGGACGCUGUCCACCCCUCUCACCACCUUUCUUUCAAAUACCCGUUCGGUUCUACCUCAUACGCCAUUUCCAUCCCCGAAAAGGAACAGCCGCUGAAGGGGGAGAUCGAGAGCUACCUGAUGGAACUGCAAGGCAGCGUGCCCCCCUCUUCCCAGGACUCUCAAGCAUCGUCGUCUAAACUAGCGUUGGAGCCGCAGAUCGGGUCGCUGGAUGACGGCACGGGGGACCUCUCCCUGUCAAAAAGCUCGAUUUCUAUCAGCGAGCCCCUGAACACAGCAGCGCUGGACUUUUCUCAGCUGUUUAAUUUCAUACCAUUAAGCGGCCCCCCCUAUAACCCCAUAUCGGUGGGGAGCCUUGGGGUGAGCUCUCCCCAGGAGGAGGCACAUUCUUCUGUGGCUCAGCUCCCGCCACAAACCCAGGAACUUCCGGAUCCUGCCAGCACCAUAGGUCUGGGCUCUCUGCACUCACUAUCAGCAGCUUUCACCAGUAGUUUAAGCACAAGCACAACGCUGCCACGUUUCCACCAAGCUUUUCAGUAGGUUCCACGAUGCGGAUCCGUUACAGAAGUCUGUGUGUGUAGCCCUGCCUUAGGUGACCAUUUUUAUUUUAGUGCCUACUUGCAGACAGUAUACAAAUUUCUGCUUCUGUAUAGUACCAGUUUUCAUUAAGCCAGUAUAAAAUAGAAACUAGCUUUUUAAAUGAGCUUUGGAACCAUUUGUGUUCAGUUAUGUUUACCUGGGUAUUUUGUC